AUGACCGCAUGGCGCCGCCGGCCCUCAGCCCCGCUACGUCUGCCGGCCGGCCUGCCAGCCCGCGUUGACUGGCGGGACCGCGGUGUAGUGACACCGGUCAGGAACCAGGCCGACUGUGGCGCCUGCUGGGCCUUCAGCACGGUCGAGGUGCUCGAGACGAUGCAUGCACUCAAGACGGGUAACCUGACCCAGCUCAGCGUGCAGCAGGUGAUCGACUGCUCGUCCAACAACCUGGGCUGCACGGGCGGCGACGUGUGCUGGGCGCUGGACUGGAUGAGCGCGAACGGGAUCGUGCCGGAACUGCGCUACCCGCUGACCCUGCGUGACGACGCGUGUCGUUUGCAGAGCUCCGCUAGCGGCGUACUGCUCCGCACGUACCAUUGUGACUCCAUGGUGGGGAACGAGGAGGGGAUGCUGCGACUGCUGGCCACGCGCGGACCGAUCGCAGUGGGGGCCGACGCCACCAGCUGGCAGGACUACGUGGGCGGCGUGAUCCGAUUCAACUGCGAGGGUGAGCUGAACCACGCCGUGCAAAUCGUGGGUUACGACACGACCGGUCCCGUACCGUACUACAUCGUGCGCAACUCGUGGGGCGCCGACUUCGGUCUCGACGGCUACCUGCACGUGGCAGUAGGCAGCGACCUGUGCGGUCUGUCUGAGGAGGUGGGCUCCAUCACAUUGUGAGGCUGGCCUUCUCGACGCCGGACCGUCCGGACCCAGCCGGUCCGCCUCGUCGCCAGCCUUGCGGGAACAGAUCGCCGGCCGGUGCUCUGCCCAGCCUCGGCUCCGGCCCCUGGCGUUGCGCGUGCGCGGGUCACGGGCCGGGUCAGCAGACCUUCCGUUCUGGCACGUCCAUUAUGGUGCUGAUUUACCUCGGUCGAGGUGAUCAUAUUGGAUCCACGGCCAAUGGAUCAGUGUGCGCCUUCC